AUGUUUUAUCAUCAGAAUGGGUCACUCAAUCCUGAUGUAGAGAUGUUUUAUCAUCGGAAUGGGUCACACAACCCUGAUGUAGAGAUGUUUUAUCAUCAGAAUGGGUCACACAACCCUGAUGUAGAGAUGUUUUAUCAUCAGAAUGGGUCACACAACCCUGAUGUAGAGAUGUUUUAUCAUCAGAAUGGGUCACACAACCCUGAUGUAGAGAUGUUUUAUCAUCAGAAUGGGUCACACAACCCUGAUGUAGAGAUGUUUUAUCAUCAGAAUGGGUCACACAACCCUGUUGUAGAGAUGUUUUAUCAUCAGAAUGGGUCACACAACCCUGUUGUAGAGAUGUUUUAUCAUCAGAAUGGGUCACACAACCCUGUUGUAGAGAUGUUUUAUCAUCAGAAUGGGUCACACAACCCUGUUGUAGAGAUGUUGUAUCAUCAUAGUGUUCACCGCACACAACCCUGUCCCACCUAUGUUGUAGACCGGAGUUAUGCCUCUAAUUAG